AUGAUGGCUGCACAGAUUUCACCUUUUGGAGAAGCCGAGGAAAACAAUAGCCCAUAUGUAAAUGCAUCAUCAACAAAAAAAUCAAGAUCUACUAAACGAAAUCUUCGUUCUGUUAAUUCAAAUGGCAUCAUGGAAAAUGGUAAUGGUUUAUUAUUAGAUUCUAUUCCAUCAAGACCAUCAAAACGUUCUGAAAAUCAACCAAUUAAUGAAUCAAAUUUAGAGACGUCUACAAAUUUACAAUCAACAGUUCGAAAUUCAAAUUUAAAUAAUCAUCAAUUACAUUUAACAUUAACUCCAGUUGAAAGUUCUCAAUCAAAUGCAACAAAUAUUGAUGAUACAUCAAAAUUUCGACAAAUUGAAUUAAAUGCUGUUUCAGAUGAAGAUGAAGAUGGUAGUAAACAAGACAAAAAAGUCGUACACACCACAGAUUAUAGGAUUCCUGAUCAUGAUCCAAUAAUAACAUCAUAUACAUCAGCUAGUGAGAGUGAUAUUAUUGAAAUACAUGAAUUUAGUUCUGCUGAUGUUGAUGCUUACCUUGAUAUUUAUUUUGAAAUGCUUCAUAAUCGUUUACUACAUUUUAUUGGAGAUAAUGAUCAAUUACAAGAAUUUCGCAUGAAAAUGAAAAAUCGAAUAAAUUCUGAUACAAAUUCACGUGAAUAUCAAAAUGUUCUUCUUGGUAAAAUGUAUGGUGAAGUUGUAGCAGCAGUAACAUUAUCAUUUCCUGGUGAAACAACAACUGUCCCAAAUGAUAAUAUACUUCCACAAGAAAAUUCAUGUUUAGCAUCAAUACGUCGUUGGAUGAUACGAAAUGCAAAUUAUAUUCCAACAGCUAUAAAUGAAUGUUAUAUUGAAAUGAUUGGUGUUAAAAGUUCACAUAGAAAUCAAGGUAUAGGUGCAGCUCUACUUGAAUGUGUGGAACAUUUUGCUCAAGAAGCUGGUGCACAAUUAUUAACAGUACAUACAAAUGGAGAACAAUUAGCAAAUUAUUUUGAACGAUUUGGCUUUAUGGCUGAUCAUUCAGAUAAUUCAGCAUUCUGGAAAUGGGUAGUUGAACGACAAAAAAUUAAUAAAAUGGCAAAAGUUAUAAUACCUCAUAAUGAAAACUAUGAUGAUCAUAUGGAUAAUGGAAGUAGUUAUAUUAAUGAAAGUAUGGAUGGAAUUGACCACGUAUAA